GCAGCAGCAGCAGCAAGCGGAGGCUGCUGGCUGGAACUGGGCGCGCGGGGCGGUGGUGCAUCCGGUCCCGCUUCGAUCCAUCCUGCAGCUCUGAAAGCCGCCGCCGGUACCGGACGGUCCAGACAGGAUCCGAACAGGAAACCAUGGCAACGGUCUUCAUGGAGACGGUGCUGAGGAGGGCGUGACGCAGCGGAUGAUCGAUGAUCAGAGCUUCCAGGGUUCCUGCUGCCGCUCCUCAGACAAUCAUGUCUUCCUCCUCUUCCUCGGAGCUGCCCUACUUCUGUCCCCGCUGUGGCGACCAGUACCGCUUCUCAUCCGUACCUGAGCUCCGCGCUCACCUGGUCAGCCGGCACACCUACGAGACCCUGCUGGUGCUGUCGCAGGGUCGGGUCAGAAGUUCUAGACCCGCUGCUCUCCUCCCUCUUCCUGGACCGGCUGUGUCCCACAGCGGGACGUCCUCUCUGAACAUGGACACCCACAGCUUCCUUCCACCGCUGGCCUGCUUGGACCUCGCCUCGUCUUCGGCCUCCAUCCAGCUGCUCAGGGAGAUGUUCAGCCCGCCGGACCGCGCUCUGCCGCCCCCUCCUAGCCAGGCAGAGAUCCCCUCCACCGCGCUGGCCCUACCUGGGUCUCUGGACCUGCUUCCUGGGAAGAACCUCGGCGAUGUGGGGGUCCUGGGCCUGGAUUUCAGCCUGUCGGUGGAUAUCGGGCUAGAGGAGCGGCUGGGGCUGGGACUGGACCAUAAAAUCGCUCGCACCUUCGCAGAGGUGGAGGAGAGGGUGAACCGGCGCGUUGGACGACUGAAGGCGGAGCUACAGAAGAGGGAGGCGGAGCUUCAGCGAAAAAGGCGUGAUAGGGAGCGGCUGAAGAGGGAGAAGAAGGAGGUGGAGGAGAGGGCGGCGUACCUGUCCAGACAGGUGUCCGCUGCCGUGGAGAUGAUGGAGCGACUAAAGAGAAACCUUUCAGAAAAAGAGACGGAGCUGAGCGAGCGACAAGAGGAGAUGGUCGACAUCGAGCUUUUCCUGCGGCAAACGGCAGAGAAGGAAGCAGAGGCCAAAUCCAGGCUGCAGGUUUUCAUCGAGACGUUGUUGGAUCGAGCCGACCGAGCAGAGAGGCAGUUACUGCUGCUCAGCCACAACCACUUCACAAACAACGACAGGUUUGAAUACGCCGAGCCGUACUCACCCUCUGAGGUGUACUCACCUGUACCUGGACGAGCUGGGCGGAGCCUGGACGGCAGCACCGAUGACAUCAUCCCCAACAAGAUGCAGGACAGCAUUGGAAACAGGAGAAGCUACAGUGUCUCAAGUUCCUACAGACUGGGAGAGCAAACACAUGGACACCAUCACUACAGUGGUCUGAAUGAGGAAAUGAGGACCUUAUCUCUGGGCUCGGGGGGCUGGGACUGUGAGGGAGGACUGCUCCACUUCCAGCCGUCUCAUUACGCCGCACACUGGACUCCACGGGAAAGAGAGGGAUUCAGACGGAGAGAGAGAGUCUGGGUUGGAGAUGAAGGAUGGGGGAGAACCUGGAGCAGAAGAAACAUUCGACACCACAGCACUGAGGAAGAGGAUGAGGAAGAGGAGGAGGAAGGCCUGUGGAGCAGUCCUGAGAUGACGCACCACAUAUUUGCCAGAAAGCACACACCUGGAACAGUAGACACGCCCUACUCCAUUGGCUCCACCCCCUCCCGCCAUCACGCCAACAGGCAGACAGAGGCGGACACCCUAAAGAUGAGGGCGGGGCUGUUCUGCGUCUUCCCAUAUUUGGACGUGCGCUCGUUGCUGCGCGUUGCCGAGGUGUGCCGUGAUUGGAGGUUUGUUGCCAGGCACCCGGCGGUUUGGACACACCUUCGACUGGAAAACGCUCGAGUGUCGACUGAGUUCCUGCAGACUCUGUCUCAGUGGUGCACUCAGACCCAGUCUGUCAUCCUCCACAACCUGAAGCCUCGGAGCCGGCGGGCCGACGAGACGCGGGAGGAUUACCACAGAAACACACGAAGCAGCGUGGAGCCCGGCGUGGAGGCGCUGCUGCGCUCAGCGGGGGGCAGCCUGCUUCACCUCUCCGUCUCCCAGUGUCCUCACAUGCUCAGCGACAGGACGCUGUGGAUGGCCAGCUGCUACUGCAGGAACCUGCAAACUCUCACAUACAGGAGUUCCUCAGAUCCGGUUGGUCAGGAGGUCCUGUGGGCCCUGGGGGCUGGAUGCAGGAGCAUCAGCAGACUCCAUGUUGCUCCGGCGCACCCCAGCCAACAGCCGACUCGUUUCGGAAAACGCUGCCUGCAAACGAUCGGCAGAUGUUGGCCACAUCUGCGUUCCCUCAGUGUGGGCGGGGCUGGCUGCAGCACUCAGGGAUUGGUUGCUGUUGUGGGCAGCUGCCCUCGCCUGCAGGUGCUGGAGCUGGAGCGCAUUACUGACCUGAGCCUGCAGGUGGCGACAGAGCUCUGUAAGGCUGGACUGAAGAGUCUGCAGAUGCUGAUUCUGACCCACACACCGGUCAGCGGCCAGGCCAUCCUCCACUUCCACAGUGUUUGCAGUAAAAUCAGGUCCAUCGUGGUGGACAUCUCAGUGUCAGAUUACUUUGAGGAACCGGAUACUCAGGAAGCGAAACACCUGUUUGGAGAAAUUCUCAGCACUCUGAAGGUCCUUCAGACUCGGGCCGGCCUUUGUGACGUCCUCCAGGUCAAAGCAGAAGGAUUCUCCUGACCUCAACAGCCACACAUCCAGGAUCCGACUCUCCUUACCUCCAAGUUUACGACUAAAGAUGCAGAAAAGGGCACAAAUAUCUCAUGUACAACCAUCUUACAUGAAUACCUUUAUUCUUACCAUAUUUGAUACAAAAAGUACAUCUCUAUUUUUUCCCGUUUAUAGUUUUAACUAAAGAAACAUUUGGUGUCUAAAGAUAUUAGCAGGUUGUUAGAUCAGUGAGGCUCAGCAGGACCUUUCUGUCUCCAUUUAACGCAGCAGAAACAGUGAAUUCAUGGCAGCUCGUUUGUGUUUACUUACAGAACCUUUAUGGAAGAAGUAGUUCUUUCCGAAAUACAAGAACCUGUAUUAUAAAUGUAUAGAAAACAAUGAGAUGUAAAUA